CGAUAAUAAAGACCGGUGUUAUUUCGUAUCCACGUUUGUAGCACCUUUCCGCCGAGCGAUUCAAGAAUGUUCAAACCGUGAUUCAAGGCUGCUGGAAAUCAAUUCAAGGGAUGAAGCGAGUUUUGUUUCCCGCUCUCUUGUCCCCAAAAACAACGUUUACUGGAUUGGUCAAUGCACGACAGGGAAUUUUGACAUUGGUCGGCUGUUCAAGAUUUCCUCUGGAAGCUCCUCCUGCAAUGUAUGUAUAUCGAAUGAAUGGCGUGGCAACUGCCUCCGUGAUAAUCACCAUUUCAUCUGCGAGAAGUCCGCACGUUCCCACCCAGAUAUUCCUGAAAAGAUCCAGGUUCUCUGUCAACUGCUCGGAGAGCCGACUUGAAUCAAAUGAUUACCCUGUCUUUCACUUCCUUAUCCGUCCUCCACUCUUUGACCCCAUCCUGUCAAAAUCCUCCCUACUUUCUCUGACCCUGCCUGCUGAUCUAAUCUCCACUUUUCGCAACCACAUUCUCCCCACCACACAUGGACAAACCCCUCUCCCCAUCUAUGACCUUCUUUAUCGCCAUCCCUGCACCAUCCCGCUCUUCCACACUCCCUCUAACUCUCUCUCUCUACCCCCUCUCCUCACCCUAUUUCCUCGAGCUUUCUCCGCCUGCAGUUUCUCCGCUCUCUCAUCCAAACUUUUCUCUAUCUCUCUCGAUUCUCCCUCUCUACCGCACUCUCUCCCUCCCCUUUCCGUUUCCUCUAACACCACCGCCUCACGGAUUCAUCCCUCUUUCUCCUUUCCACCCACUCUCACCACAGUCCUGUCCAGUCUGGUUCUCCAUACCCCAACUCUGGGUAAAUGUCUUUGCACAUUCCUUCUGCCUGUGCCCCUCUUGAGUUUAUGCAACUCUGUAAGGUUACAGUCACGCACCAGGGAAGAAAGACCACUUCCUCUCUCCAUCUCUGCCCCUCGAGUCCCGUAUAUUCCUGUAAAUCUUUCCGGCUCAAUGUCAUUUUCCCCAGAGCAGAGCGACCAAAACUGUGCGGCCUCUCCGACGUCCUGUACCACGGCAACGUGACCUCCCGACUCCUGUAUUCAGAGUCCUGACCAGUGAAGACCAGCGGGCCAAGUGUCCUUCCACUCGGAUCGGAUGUUUUGCAACGGUAUCGAUAUUUGAUUUAUUAUCUGAGACAAACACGGCCUGGAAUUUCUCUUUUUGCAGCAUCAGUAUGGCGCAAAGAUGUAAAAUUAAUGUAAAUUACAAAUUUUAAGAAAUACCGCAAAAAAGUAGAGUUAUUUCUCGUGCGUUCGGAGAUGCGAUUGCGCAGUGGAAGAAGAUGUCCCAUUGCAUCUCUUUGUUCUUCAUUUUCUCACCGUUUAGAAACUAUUCCGCACAUUCGUUUCUGUAACCAACGUGCACGGCCAUGCAUUU